AUGCACGCUAAUAUUCGAAAAGACCCGUGUCCCCUUUCACCCCCUUCACUUUGUUUCACCUCAGAUGGCGGUAUGGCUGUAAGGCUCGUACGCACCGUUGCCUCCCCGCGCCACCGGCUUCACAUUUUGCAUGGGGACGCCGUACUCGGUGGUGGGCUGCUGGUUGUAGAUGCCGUGUUGCGGGCCGGAGAAGCCGUUGUUGUAAUGGGUGUUGUCGGCAACGCGUUGGUAGGCGCCGGUCGGCAUGAGCUUCUCCUGAUCGGAGCUCUUUCGCUUGGAGGAGCUCGAGCGGUCGUUGGAGGCGCAGCAGCAGGUACUGAGCAGCCAGAAGGCGCCCGCGCCGACACUGAACACGACUGCGAGCCAGGUUGUGGCGAGGAAACUGGUGUUGAUAGAACCCUUGACCCCGUAGGACUUGGCCGUCGAUCUGACGGCUGCGACGACGACCGAGGAGGAGACGGUUGCCAUGAUGGAGGCGAUGAUGAUGGUGGUGGUGGCAAGACCGGAGACGAGAUAUGUAAAGCACGAUCCGACUCGCGAACAGAAGCCGAACAGGCCCAGGAAGAGCUCCAGGCCGCAGGUGAUGGCGGCGAUGAUGUAGACCACCUGAGUCCAUCUGGAGACGACUCUGAAGGUCUUGAGAGCACUCCUCAGCUCCGACGGGAGCUUGAGCGUCUUGCCGGUCAGGGUAGAGGCGGUGGAUUCGAUGGUACUGGCGUUCAGUUUCGUGGCGGCCCAGUUGAACUCGGGACUGGUGCAGUUGCGCUUCCCCCCCGUCGUGGCACAAUAACUCCACAUGGCCACCUGGUAGGAAUCUGCGAGGGCGAGAUCCGCAGCGGUGAUGUCGGCGGACGCGUCUACGUUGGGGCUGAGGGCGGCGACGGUGAGAGCGGAAAGGGAAUCGUCCCUCUUGGUGAGGUCGACGAGGUUCUCGAGCGAGGACGACGAGAUGGAGAGAUUCUGGGUCCGGAUCUCGAACAUGUCCAGGUCCUUGUUGGUAAUGCCGGCGAGCAUCACAAUCAGGAUACAAAUGAGACUGGCCAAGGUCAAGCCGAACGGCAUGGCCACGCAGACAAAACGACCGGCACCCAUAUUCCACUUGCUUGCGUUGCCUGCCCCCUGCAGAAAUGCGUCGAUGCACCUAAGCCACCCGGGCUGCGUCGCGCGACAGCCCCAGGACCCUCAUCUCACGUACACUUUAGCUUUCAGCAAUCCGAGUCAGUCGAUAGAGCAAAAAGGCGUGAGGGAUCCAGAGGCUUCCGCCGUCAACAACCAGGAUCUGCAGCACCCAGUGCAGGGGUGUCGGUCGUGUCUGAGCUUCAUCUCGAGAUCCCGUUGCGUUGGCUAGGGGCACCGGUAUAUGCAAUUUCACCCAUGAUGCAGAUGCUGAACAUGAACAGACAGGACCUACGGAGUAGGCAACCCAAGGCCCUCGGUAUACGCAGGAUCUAUACCUAUGAUUCUCCGUCAUAUCCGGCUCAUCUUCUUUCUUGGCAGGCGAUAGCAUUGCCGACGAAUGUGGAUCCAGCCGACAGUCAUGGACUGAUAUCGGAUCUGGGAGCGAGGGAGGAUCUGGAAGAAACAAUUGAGAAUAACGGGGAGAAACAAAGGGCGCCGUCGAGUGUAUGUUCCGCAAUUGUGGGUGCACCACAGUGGGUUUGGAUUGCCCCCCGAGGCAUUGCACCGCGAGACGGUGGCGGAAGGAGUCAAGGCAUUGACGAUGCAGACCAGAGGAGGAGGUGGAGGAGGAGGAGGAUCAAGUUGGAUACGAGGAGGAUGUUGAUGGUCUGGAGAAUCAUCUCCAUAAGCAGUGUAAACAAUAGCCCAGGCCAUCGUGCCACGACGAUCGAUCGAUGGGGAACCACGAAUACCGUGUUACAGACUGCACAGCCAGUGACAGGCCGCGCACAACGCGAACCGGAGAAUACCUACAAGUCGACCAACCGAGCAAAGCAGCCUCACCGUCGGGAACCCGAACCUCAACCUCAACCCCGGAUCCCUAAAUUCGAGAGCCCUGCCAUAACCCCGGAGAGGCCUUGUUGGAUCUCGACAUCCCCUUCCCAGAGCAGAUACACAUACACGUACAGCCGUCCCUACACCGAGAUGGGAAACCAAAGCUCCAAGGGCUCGGGAGCGAGUACGCCGAGGGGCAACCAUUCCAGCACUUCCUUGGACCGAGGAGCAGAGAACCUAUCGUCCUACCCUUCAUUCAGCAAAGCAGAUACCAAAGAAUCCAUCAGAUCCUUCCGCGGCCUCAGGUCCAAGAUCCCUGGCGUCAAGACCGAUAGUCCUCGCAACUCGAUAUCGAACAUGAAUCCGGGAGAUACACCGGUGGAGCGAUCGGAUGCCACAUCAGUGAAGUCAGCCAGAAGCUCCCGACCUGCUUCCAAGGGGACCGGAGAUCUAGAUUCUUCAGCGUCGGCCAGCUCCCCCGGCGCGGACUCGGAAGAUGCGACCUCGCCUGCCGACGGCUCCGAGCCCCCUCCAUCCCCCAUACAAUCGGCAUCUGUGCGCGAAGGACAUCACGAUGUUGAUGCCGCACAGCGAAGCGGCGAGGUGGAUCACGUAUCGGACAAACCACCCUCCGGACAGGCGAACCCCCUGGCGCACUUGCAGCGUGCUGGUGCAUCGAUUCUGGUCAGGAGAGAAGGAGAAAUCAACCCGAUCGAACCAGGCGCCGCUAAAACCGCACCCGCGGCAGAUGAAGGAAGUGGCGGAGGCGCAAUGGCAAUGGAUGAGAUGAAAGACUCCGAUGUUGACGACUAUAUCAAGCGCUUAUUAGAUGCGGGAUAUGCCGGCAAGAGCACCAAAGGGGUCGUGCUGAGGAAUGCAGAGAUCAGUUCUAUCUGUUCCCGAGUGCGCGAGAUCUUCUUGCAGCAGCCACCGUUGAUCGAACUCGAGGCUCCUGUCAAGAUUGUAGGCGACAUCCACGGACAGUACUCGGAUCUCAUCCGGAUGUUUGAGAUGUGCGGCUUCCCACCGAGCUCCAACUUCCUCUUCCUGGGUGACUACGUUGAUCGAGGGAAGCAUUCGCUCGAGACAAUUUUGUUGCUCAUGUGCUACAAAAUCAAGUACCCCGAGAACUUCUUCUUGCUGAGAGGCAAUCACGAAUGUGCCAAUGUCACGAGAGUAUACGGGUUCUACGACGAAUGCAAGAGAAGAUGUAACGUCAAGAUUUGGAAGACAUUUGUUGACACCUUCAACUGCCUCCCAAUUGCCGCAAUCGUCGCCGGCAAAAUCUUCUGUGUACAUGGCGGACUGUCCCCUGCUCUCAGCCACAUGGACGACAUCAGACACAUUGCUCGGCCGACAGAUGUGCCGGACUUCGGACUCCUCAAUGAUCUCCUAUGGUCAGAUCCCGCAGACCAAGAAAAGGAUUGGGAGACUAGCGAACGGGGUGUCAGUUACUCCUUUGGAAAAAAGGUCAUCGUGGACUUUCUUGCGAGACACGAUUUUGAUCUGGUUUGCCGCGCACACAUGGUGGUCGAGGACGGGUAUGAGUUCUUCGAAGACCGGAUCCUUGUGACGGUCUUCUCUGCACCGAACUACUGCGGGGAAUUCGACAACUACGGUGCUGUUAUGAGCGUGUCGACCGAACUGCUAUGCAGCUUUGAACUGCUGAAGCCUUUGGACUCUAGCGCAUUGAAGAGCCAGAUGAAGAAGAGCCGCAACAAGCGUAACAGCAUGCUCAACAGCCCACCCCCAUCGGGUUUUGCACCCCAGAGUGUCUAG